AUGCCGCAGGAGAUCUGCCACAUGGUUGCAAGCUAUAUCCUCUGCGAAAUGACCGCCGUCACUCUCCAGGAACGCUCUAGAGACACGCAGCCGGCGACUUUCACAAUUGACCUUGCACGGGAUGUCUAUGUCAAACGCAUCGAGAUCGAGGGUAUCACCUAUCUCCAGUCGCUUAGCAAUGCAUGUCCACAAGACGACAGGAGCUGGUCGUGCAUGUAUGAUACCCGCCAAGCACGUUCUCUCCCGACCAUUUGGAUCAGGUAUGACCAUGUGGGCAUCAGAGCCAUCCACUUUGAGGCGCCCAACGAGGAGCACUCAUCGUCCCGUGGUGCCUGUGGUGUGUGGUGGACCGAGGUAGCUCGAACGAGCGGUCUCUCACGAGUCACGAUCAAGUCCGACGUGAGGUCCCUCCGACUCGCCACAUUCUUCCUCGCCCCUGUUCUAACGUCUUCUUUUUGCCUCAAGGGCGUCAAACUCCGACAGCUCGUGGACGCGACAGACUCGGCCUCUACGUCGUCCGCCCCAGUACCAAGUCAUGGUUGGCCUGCGCCCGCGCCUGCGCCCCGACGAACGUACCGACUCAUCAACAUGGACACGUGCGAGGCCGUCCAAGGCUCCUCACCCACCCACCUUCGCAUGAGCUCUCUCGACUGCAACACACCACGAAUCGAUGGGUACUCGGCCGUCCAAGGCUCCUCACCCACCCACCUUCGCAUGAGCUCUCUCGACUGCAACACACCACGAAUCGAUGGGUACUCGGCCGCUAUCUUUGGCUUUCAUAUAGCAAAGAUAUACGCGCAUCGCUCGGAUGACAGUACGAACUUCUACAGUGACAUGGAUAUGGAUAGCGUUUCGGAUUCCAUGCUGUGGAUGUAUAUGCCUGUCGACGAGAACGAACACUUGUCGCAAAUUUGGGCCUUCAGGGAACCCGGCUCUGGGCUCAUAGGGCUAGUGUUUCGCACGAGCCAGGAAAGAGAGUGUCUGUUCGGGCAGUACUUUGUACACCCCAAGAUCCGGACCGAGUUCCAUCUCCUGUACUCGACAACAACCUCUCCGUCACGAGUAUAUUUCAGCGAAUGGGACCCACUCGAAGACAAAAAACGCAUUAUGUAUAUGGGGUUCGACAACAGUGACACCGCCAAAACGGACGCGGCCAAGGAGAACACGUCAACUUGCCCCCCUUCGCUGACAGCCACAUCAACGCCGCCUUAUACGCAGUCCAACGAGCUGUGGUACUAUACGAACUGCAGGUUGGAGAACGUUGCGAAAAUCGCAUGCUGCAUCAAGGAGGCUGCCCCAUAUAGACCCAUCAUUGGCAUGCUGGUGUACUAUGACAACGGCCAUCGUGCCUGCAUAGGGCAAUAUCGCCCCGACUGGGUCUUUGACACGAUGACCGUUGAUUCCUCGACAGUGCUUCACAUUGGCCUCGCGAGGACCCGGAAGAAUUGGCCAUACGUCGCGAGAAUUGACGCACAUAACGCUACCGCCGGGGCACAUGAGUCGCUCUCCUGGAUGGACGUUCCCUGGCAGGGCAAGCUUGAGUGGUGGUUUUCACAACGCCAGUGCCGACUAUUCCAUUACGACUAA